UCUGUCAAACCAAACCUAACCUCAUCAAAAUGUAAUCAAAAACAUGAAAAAAGUGUAGAAAGGAAUUCAAUUUCAUUUAAGUUAUCUUAUAAGUCUAGUUCAAAUAAAAAAUGCCAAAUAACCGAAGACUGCCUCGAAAUAUUCGUAAUGUAGACCCCUCCAUGAUCCCUGGUUUUAUAGGGGAAAAUAGAUAUGCUUCCUUAGGGUCCAAACCACCUACUGUCCCUCCGCUGGAGCAGCCGUCUGCACCGAAACAUUUUCCUUCUCCUAAUAUCCCGAUAGAUGGAGACCUCUUUUUCGAAUUCCUUGUGUUUUUUUUCAGCGGAGUAUCCAUGGCUUUACAAUUCCUACAUCUGUACCACACCGUCUGGUGGACUCCAAAUUCUCAUAUAAGUCAAGCAGUGAACUAUUACCUUAUCGACAUAAAUUUAGUUGCAUUUGUGAUUGUCCUUCUCUCAAGACGCUUGAUAUACCUGAUCGGUACUAAAAUUAUCGAUAUUUUGGCACCGCCUAAGUAUCAAAAUUUGGUUAAUUUUCUGUACAGGUCUUUCUUAGCUUUUGCAUUGUUCAUCCUUCUGGGCACUUGUACUUACCAUGUAGUUCAGAAUAAUCUAUUUAUGAAUGUAUUCUAUUUGGGUUAUCCAAUCUCUGUUUAUUUCGUGCUGUUUGGUUUCAAAACGACGCCAUUCUUCGAACUUGUGGAUUGCGAUGAAGCAACCACCCCACCUCUGCAUGCUUGUACAUCAGUAGCUGGGGAUAUAAGACAGGAAGUUGAUAAAUUGAAGAGCAAUUUCAACAGUAGAUUGAAGCAAAUAUUAUUCAGUUCAGUACUCAACGCUUACUAUGCAGGCUUUGUACCAUGUUGUUUCGCACAGAAUUAUCUUCAUUACGACAUAUAUUGGGCAACGCAGCACACAAUUUUCAUUUUGCUGAGCUGUUUUGUAGCUUAUUGUUGCCAAAUAUUGCAUCCCAGAUACUGCGAUGUGCUCCACAGGUCUGCCCUCCAUUUGGGCACCUGGAUCAAGGUCGAAACUCGUAAUAUAAUGCCUGUGAAUAACAAGUGGAACGAGGAAACGUUGUUUCCUUACGGCGCCCUAGUGAGGCAUGGAAAAGACAUGUAUCGUGCCCAGGGGGAGUGCAAUUCUUGCGAACCGAGCGAUACCUCUAAUUUGAGAUUUUAUGCACUCUUCAAAAAUCCAUCGAUCAUACUGAAAUAUCUCCUUUUGGUACACGGUUUAAUGGUCUUAUGGCAGCUUUAUCUGGUUUAUGUUACCGUAUUCUGGCAUAACACGAUGUCGUUAGCGUUCAUGAUGUUUUUCAACUAUUAUUUCUUGUACAAAGUUUUGAGAGAUUAUUUCGUAUGUUCAAAUAUUUAUAAGGAGGAAAGAUUGACGCAUGAGAGAUCUCGUAGCAAGUAAUUAUACCUUGUAAUAUGUAUUUUCUAGUGGAACUGAAAAAAUAUAUAUACAUUGAUUUUUCUGUA